UAUUGUAGCCUCUUGGUGCCCAGAGGAUGGUGAGUUGGAUGAGAACCAAGAGGUGAGAAACAGAGGGAUUGGGGAAGGCUCCUUUCUCUGUGACUCGGGUCCUUUUGGGCAUUAUUGCAAAGGCCAGUCCUCUGACUCCUGGUUGCCUCUUCCCAGGCCAGUUGUAAAUUAGGGUGGGGAUAUCUGCAGCUGUGAGGGCUAGAUGCUGCUGCUCUUGCUGGGCUUUCCCUUUGGGAAAAAUAUUUCUCUUAUUUAUAGUAUUGUGUUUCCAGGGAAAGCAGUCACUUGUGUGUAUAUGCACGUACACAUUGUGUGUAUGUGGAAAUCUGCUGGGCAAGUCAAAACCAUAGAAGAGUUGCCUCCUAUCUCUCAAAUCUGCCAGAGAUAUCCCCCACUUUUUUAUUCUACCACAACUGGGGAGUCGAUACCUGCAGUCAACUGCCAGUGACUCUCCGUGUCUAUUUCUGACUUAUUCUUCCCCUGUCUUGGUCUUCCAGCCUCCAGUCCUAUUUCUACGUGGAUGCAUCAUUUUUACUCCCAGUAUACUAUAGAGAAGGAGUCAGGAUGCUGUCUUCCCAUGAAUAGUACUCAGUAACAAACCAAUUGCAUUUUAGUUGGGCAAUGCCCCUACCCACCCUCCAGAUCCCUUCCAGAGAAAACCCUUCCCUUCUCCCACCAGGCAUUUCUCAAUUUCCAUUUUUGUUUGUUGGAUUGUUACUUCCCACUGCCCUUCCUCCUCACCCUACCACCCUUGGAUCGUAAUGUAAAAUUCUUUUACCAUGUCAAGAAAUUAUUAAAAAUACAGGUACUUUGACCUCUUUCUAAAGCCGCAGACCCUGGUGCAAUGCUCUGGUGGCUAGGGACAUACCUAUCCUCACAUGUGUGCACAUUGGGACAUCAACCUCCACAUGCACCUCCAGCCACCCUGUUGGGUGUCUGUACCAAUUGAGCAUCCUCUUUUCUCUGGAAUAGUGGAAAGACUGAGGCUCCUGCCUACCAAGGGGGAAGAGUGGGUCCUUCAUUCAUGUUCAGUCUGAAUUAUGUAAAAGUUAGCUCUUCCUAAAAGUUGCUUUCUGUUCCUACCCUCAACAAGAUCCCAGUUCCUUCCUUCCUUCCUGCCUUCCUCUUGCCCUCCCGCCCUCUCUCCUUCCCCUCCUGCCCUCCCUCCAUUUCUUCCCUCCUCAGUGAUACCCAUGAACUGCCAGUAGAGGCUGCUCUAGUUCCGCGUGGGGAAUCACCUGGUUCAUGGCGCAUUCUACCCUGUCAUUUACUUGAUACUAAUUCUCCCCACUGAGUAAUGUCUUAAAUUUCUUGAGAUUCCAGGGGACUCCUGGUUUUGGUUUUCAAAUUACUUGGAGGGAUGUGUAGGACCCUAGCUUCCUCUGAAAUAAAGUUUCCUCAACUCCCACCUUGUAAAGUCACCUUCUGCUAUCAAAUGAUCCUCUCAUCAUCUCUGCAAAAAGAGACUUAAGGCCUUGAACAGUGGAGGAACAUCGGCUCUGUUCUGUUUCAGAGCUCAGUACCAGUAGCUAACAGUUUCUGAAUGCCUACCCUGUGUCAUGUCAGGCUCUGUUAAACAUUUUACAUGCAUGAUCACAUUUCAUUUAAUAUUCAUGAAUCUACAGGGUAGUUUUAUCCCUUCUUCAUAGAUGAGGAUACAGACUUGUGAUAAGUACCUCCUCUGAGGUCACACAGCUUAGGGACCUCGGAUUGUACAAAUCGGACUGCUAAGCCCCGGUGCUCACCACUCCUCUCUCACUGACUAGAUAGAAGAGGCCCGAGACUACAGAUCAAGCACUUGGCCUUAGACAACUGGCAGAAUGCAGUGCUUACUGCUGAACUGGGCAGUGGAUCCUGGAAAUAGUGGGGGGUAGUGUCUGCCAGGAGGUAGGAAAAUGGACAGUUGUGGUGCCUGCAUGCAGCACACAGGACUUGACUGAGCAUCUGAGAUUUGCAUGCUCCCCCAGAUCCAGUUUGGGUGGAAGGUGAUUUAAUCCAUGUGCCCUCUAAUCUGGUCUAAAGGAUGGAAAUCAGUAUUGAGUACUGACUGUGCUGCCUGUGGGAGUUCAGGGGCAGGGGAGAUGCUAUGCACGUGGAAGUAGUACCUUGGGCCAAACCACAGAACAGAAAAUUGGAACAGAAUUAUAUAAAUCAAGGUCAGAAAUUUCCUGUUCAACCCACAGGGUGGAGUUUUCUCCAUUCCUAUCCAUCCUACUGAAUAUAAGCCCUGAUUUGAUGUCUGGAACUGGAAGGAGCAUCUGGUAGGACUCAGCUCAGCAUUCACCAUGAAUCUCAAGGUAGCCCUCGUGCUCCUGGCACUGUCCCUCAUCACCAUCUUUGCCCUGGCCUAUGUCUUGCUGACUAGCCAAGGGGGCUCCAGCCAGCCUCCCCACUGCCCCUCCGUAUCCCACAGUGCCCAGCCCUGGACACACCCUGGCCAGAGCCAGCUGUUUGCAGACCUGAGCCAAGAGGAGCUGACGUCUGUGAUGAGCUUUCUGACCCAGCAGCUGGGGCCAGGCUUGGUCGAUGCAGCCCAGGCCCGCCCCUCUGACAACUGCGUCUACUCGGUGGAGCUGCAGCUGCCCCGCAAGGCUGCGGCCCUGGCCCACCUGGACCGGGGGCGCCCUCCACCUCCCCGGGAGGCAUUGGCCAUCGUCUUCUUUGGCGGACAGCCCCAGCCCAACGUGAGUGAGCUGGUGGUGGGGCCACUUCCGCACCCCUCCUACAUUCGGGAUGUGACCGUGGAGCGUCACGGGGCCCCCCUGCCUUAUCACCGACGCCCCAUGCUAGGAACUGAGUUUGCCCAGAUGUGGAAGCAUUUGAAAGAGGUGGAGCUACCCAAGGCACCAGUCUUCCUUGCUUCAGUCUUCAACUACAAUGGCUCCACCUUGGCACCUCUGCAGGCCACCCCCAGUGGUUUGCGCUCGGGGGACCGUACUACCUGGAUAGCCCUCCACCAUAACAUCUCAGGUGUUGGGAUUUUCCUUCAUCCAGUGGGGCUGGAGCUACUGCUGGAUCACAGGGCCCUGGACCCUGCCCGCUGGGCUGUCCAGCAGGUCUUCUACCUUGGGCGCUACUAUGCGGACUUGGGCCAGUUGGAAUGGGAGUUCAAGGCUGGCCGGCUGGAAGUGGUUAGAGUGCCUCUGCCCCUGCCGAAUGGUCCCUCAUCCCUGCGGCCCCGAAGCGCCCCAGGUCCUCUUCCCCCUCUUCAGUUCUCACCCCAGGGCUCCCAAUACAGUGUCCAAGGGAACCUGGUGGUGUCCUCCCUCUGGACAUUUACCUUUGGCCAUGGGGUGUUCAGUGGCAUGAGGAUUUUUGAUAUUCGGUUCAAAGGCGAGCGAGUGGCCUAUGAAGUCAGUGUGCAAGAGUGUGUAUCUAUCUAUGGUGCUGAUUCACCCAAGACAAUGAUGACCCGAUACUUGGAUAGCAGCUAUGGACUUGGCCGUCACAGCCGGGGUUUGGUGCGGGGAGUGGACUGCCCCUAUCAAUCAACAAUGGUGGACAUCCACAUAUUAGUGGGCCAAGGGACAGUUCAGCUGCUCCCAGGGGCUGUGUGUGUAUUUGAGGAGGCCCAAGGACUACCCCUUCGAAGGCACCACAAUCACCUUCAAAGUCAUUUCUAUGGUGGUUUGGCCGGCUCAGCCCUUGUAGUCAGGUCUGUGUCAUCUGUAGGCAACUAUGACUACAUUUGGGACUUUGUAUUGCACCCAAAUGGGGCACUUGAAGGGCGGGUCCAUGCCACAGGCUUUGUCAACACAGCUUUCCUGAGUGGGGGAGAGGAAAGCCUCCUCUUUGGGAACCGUGUAGGGGAAGGAGUGCUGGGGACCGUGCACACGCAUGCCUUCCACUUCAAGCUGGACCUGGAUGUGGCAGGGCUGAAAAACUGGGUGGUAGCUGAAGACGUGGUGUUUAAACCUGUGGCAGCCCCUUGGAGUCCGGAGCACCAACUGCACCGUCCCCAGCUGACUCGGCAGGUCCUGGGAAGGGAGGACCUGACCGCCUUUUCCUUGGGGAGCCCUCUUCCUCGCUACCUUUACCUGGCUGCCAACCAGACUAAUGCCUGGGGUCACCGGCGCGGGUACCGAAUCCAGGUCCACAGUCCCCUCGGCAUACACAUGCCCUUGGAGAGCGACAUGGAGAGGGCCCUCAGCUGGGGGAGAUACCAGCUCGUGGUGACCCGGAGGAAGGAGGAGGAAUCACAGAGCAGCAGCAUCUAUUACCAGAAUGACAUCUGGACACCCACUAUUGCCUUUGCUGACUUCAUCAAUAAUGAGACUCUGUUAGGAGAGGACCUGGUGGCUUGGGUUACGGCCAGCUUCCUGCACAUCCCCCAUGCUGAGGAUGUCCCCAACACAGUGACUCUGGGGAACAGAGUUGGCUUCUUGCUGCGACCCUAUAACUUCUUUGAUGAGGACCCCUCCAUCUUCUCCCCUGGCAGCGUCUACUUUGAGAAGGGCCAGGAUGCUGGGCUCUGCAGUGUCAACCCUGUGGCCUGCAUCCCCCACCUAGCAGCCUGUAUCCCGGACCUGCCCCCUUUCUCUUACCAAGACUUUUAACCCCAAGGGUGUGGUGGGACACAGUGGAUAUGGGUGGGUGCUAAAACAUAUAUACCUUCUUCCACAACGUUCCCAAUUCCUGCUCCGCUGACUUCCACCCUC